GGGAGGCCGGGAAGAUGGCGCGGAGCGGGGCCGGGGCCUGGGCCUGGGCCUGCCGAGUCCCGCUGCGGGGCCGCGGACGGGAGGUCGGAGCCGCACGCCUCCUGCUCGGACCCAGGAUUAACCUCUUCCUUCAACAAAGAAGUGGAUUUCGGAAGGCACCCAAAAAGAUUGAACCCCGAAGACCAGACAGCGGAACAGGCAGUGAAGCCUAUAGAAGAAGUGCUUUGACGCCACCAGUAGAAGAAACAGUCCUGUACACUUCUCCAUGUUCAUUAAGGACACUUGUGAAGCCAUUUAUUUUUACUGUUGGGUUUACGGGCUGUGCGUUUGGAUCGGCUGCUAUUUGGCAAUAUGAGUCACUCAAAUUGAGGGUCCAGAGCUAUUUUGAUGGCGUACGAGCAGACUGGCUGGAAAGCAUUAGGCCUCAAAAGGAAGGGGACUUCAGGAAGCAGAUUAACCACUGGUGGAAUAACCUAAGUGAUGGCCAGCGGACUGUGACAGGUAUUAUAGCUGCAAAUGUCUUUGUAUUCUGCUUGUGGAGAGUACCAUCCUUACAGAGGCCAAUGAUCAAAUAUUUCACAUCCAAUCCAGCUUCCAAAACCCUUUGUUCUCCUAUGUUGCUGUCGACAUUCAGUCAUUUCUCAUUGUUUCACAUGGCAGCAAACAUGUAUGUUUUGUGGAGCUUUUCCUCCAGCAUAGUGAAUAUUUUGGGACGGGAGCAGUUCAUGGCAGUUUACCUGUCUGCAGGCGUUAUUUCCACUUUUGUCAGUUAUGUCAGCAAAGUGGUCACAGGAAGAUUUGGACCAUCUCUGGGAGCGUCAGGAGCUAUCAUGACUGUCCUUGCAGCUGUGUGCACAAAGGUACCUGAAAGCAAGUUGGCCAUCAUUAUUCUUCCAAUGUUCACGUUUACCGCAGGAAGCGCGUUGAAAGCCAUUAUUGCAAUGGAUACUGCUGGGAUGAUCCUGGGAUGGAAGUUUUUUGAUCACGCAGCACAUCUUGGGGGAGCGCUCUUUGGGAUAUGGUAUGUUACCUUUGGCCAUGAGCUCAUCUGGAAGAAGAGGGAACCGCUAGUGAAACUCUGGCAUGAAAUGAGGACUAACAGCCCCAAAAAAGGAGGUGGAUCCAAGUGAUUUUGAUAUUAGAAGAUAUUUGCACAUCAUUGGAACAGGGCGGGAAAGACAUGUAAUUAAAUGGUUCUAGAGUAAUUUCAUCUCUUCUAUUGCCCAACAGCUAUGCUAGGAUCUGUAGUUUCUGGGUUUGUAAACUGUAUUUUCAAACUAUGUUUUCAGUGAAAAGCAAAUUAUGGAAACCAAUAAAUGUUGACCUCUUUAGUUUUUAAA